AUGUCCCAACGCAAUACUGUUUACGCGACCGAUUCUCUCCAAACAGACAUCCUGGGCACGGGCCUAUCUGGGGUGCAUAUAACCAUAAUCCGGCGGCCGCUAUUCUCUCAUGGCGCCAUAAAAGAACUCCAACUUUCGGCUAGAGGAACCGUCACUCCACUACUGCCGCUCCACAGCUAUUGCGAAAAAGGUAUCAAAGUUCGACAAGCAGCCCCCGCCGCUUCGGCGCAAUGCCCCGAGCUGAAAGCGCAAGGCUAUAACGGCGCAGAGGCGAUAGACACCAAUAUGCAAUCAAUCUCUGACGCAGGCCAAAUAGUAACACCGGCACAUAUUGCCGUCGUUGUCACGUCCCGGAUUUUACGACUCGACGUGCAUUCCCCAGACCCUGCAACCAAAGUAUCAUGA